CAUCCAGGAGAGGGAGCUGUAAUGCAAGUUCCAGGCCAAGCUGCUGAGCUUGCCCCCAAUAGCUGUCGUUCAUUUUUAGCUAUCUCUGCAACUCUUCGCCAAAGUUUCAGACGUUGCAUAGCCUGUACACAUUUUCCCUUACAAAGGAAAUGAAACACCUGGGGACAUCAAAAACCAUGAGAGGUCCAGAACAGCGAGAGAAGGAAAUUACCUUAGUGUGCCUGUGGCUUCCCAAAUGGCAAGUGAGGGGACACUGUGGGACCACUGUGGGGCUGGCCCGGACGUUUCCCUGGUAACUGAGCCAUCAUGCUUCGCUGGAAGGUGCUGGUCUUCGCCGUCAUCCUCUGCGGCCUCUACACGCGUGCAGCUGGGCAACGCAACAAAGCUGGUGAUUUACUGAGAGAUUUACACAAUUAUAGAACCACAAAGCCCUGCCCAGUACUAUACCCAGCAGCUCUCAGAGUGAAGAGGGGAGUGGUUAACCCCACUUUUCAGAACUCCGUAGAGGAUGCCGAACUGCUCUUUGAGAUCCUGCUGGCGGGCGUGCGGAUGGGGGACGGGCGCGGUGGCUUCUCCGUGCUGGACGCGGAGCUGGCGUCGCUGCGGCGGACCCGCGUGCUGGCCAGCGUCUGCGAGGACGUCCUGCCCCGCAAGCUGACCGACGUCCGCCGCCUGACCUCUGACCUCUCCCGGCACCGAGGCCACCUCCGCGGGCCGGACUUUGAGCGAACGGUGCUGACCAUGGUCUACGCCGCCUACAAGCUGGCAAACACCACGGGGCACCAGAGAGACAGGUGGGCCGAGUCCUUCCUCAGCCUGUUCAGGGCCAUAAAGCAGGACCUGACUGUGCAAUGAACAGCCCUGGGGGACAACUGUGUUUAGAAAAAAAAUAUAUGAUACAGGAGAUGACUCGUAGUUAUUCCAAAUAAAUAUAUAGCUUAUUUUAAGACCAGUGUAUUUCUGUAUCGCUAUAACAUUAGCCAUCGCUAGAUGGAAGCAGGCACUGCUGUAACAGCUUGCGCCUGAAGUGCUUGAUACCACACGGGGUUGCUGUUCAGCAAAACGCUUUUCUCAAGUUAACACAUCUCGUGACAUAUUAGGUUACGAUGUUGUUGAAAUGAACUGGACAGCUGCGGAAUCACCAGGUUCAUGUGUGAUGUGUUUUAAUGCAAAAUCUGCUCCUUGUGCAGGGAAAACUCAGAAUCUGAAUACUGUGGACUGAAUGUACUUGGUGUGUCUGGCAGGUCGGCUUGGGGAUUGAACAACUGGCUGUAAAGCCCCUGUCCUCUGCCCCCUGCUCACUCCCCUCCCCUCCCACUGUGCCUGAACAACACAGUCGGUGGGGUGGGGAGUGGACAGAAGUUGUUUAUGCGUCUUUCAACACAGUGCUUGUGAGUUGUUUUUUUUUUCUCUGUUUUUUUCUUUAAAGAAAUAAAAAUUAAAGAUUUUAAAUUUAA